GUGGAGGGGGAAGUAGCGAGGCUUCGUGUGCGCGCUGACGUCAGUAGCCGGCGGAGACCGAGACCGAGACCGGUGCGCACGUGACCUCCCUCAGAGCCAGCAGCGACCAUGGGAGACGGAGAGAAGCUCAACAUAGACUCCAUCAUUCAGCGGCUGCUGGAGGUGAAAGGAUGCCGUCCGGGGAAGAAUGUUCAGUUGUCGGAGAACGAGAUCAGAGGGCUGUGUCUGAAGUCUCGUGAGAUCUUCCUGAGUCAACCCAUCCUUCUGGAGCUGGAGGCCCCGCUGAAGAUCUGUGGUGAUGUACAUGGACAGUAUUAUGAUCUGUUACGAUUGUUUGAGUAUGGCGGCUUUCCCCCGGAGAGUAACUACCUGUUCCUGGGUGACUAUGUGGACCGUGGCAAGCAGUCUCUGGAAACCAUUUGCCUGUUGUUGGCAUACAAGAUUAAAUACCCAGAAAACUUCUUCUUGCUGCGUGGAAAUCAUGAGUGUGCCAGCAUCAACCGUAUCUAUGGGUUCUACGAUGAAUGUAAAAGACGGUACAACAUCAAGUUGUGGAAGACGUUCACAGAUUGUUUUAACUGCUUACCUGUUGCUGCCAUCGUAGACGAGAAGAUCUUCUGCUGUCAUGGAGGCCUCUCCCCUGAUCUUCAGUCAAUGGAACAAGUCCGGAGGAUACUGCGUCCCACAGAUGUACCAGACCAGGGUCUCCUGUGUGACCUCUUGUGGUCCGAUCCUGACAAGGAUGUGCUCGGCUGGGGAGAAAACGACAGGGGGGUCUCUUUCACUUUUGGGGCUGAUGUCGUAGCAAAAUUCCUUCACAAGCACGACCUGGAUCUCAUAUGCCGAGCGCAUCAGGUGAGAAAAAUCCUGAUAGGUUCUGCACCCAAUUACUGCGGUGAAUUCGACAACGCUGGCUCCAUGAUGAGCGUGGAUGAAACUCUAAUGUGCUCUUUCCAGAUUCUAAAGCCUGCUGACAAGAAACUGUUUGCCUACGGAGGAGACCCGGUCAUCUUCUCCCGGAUAGGCAAUUACCGUGUCCCGCCAGAGGUUUUUGUUGCGUCUUUAGAAGUGGGAUGCUUACCUCCUGCUUCCUUGAGACGGCCCCCUUUCAGAUAUGAAUACUACAAUGGCCGCUCUGGGAAAGUUGGUUGGCCAGAGGUGCCACUGAUGAGCUGA